AUGAGGUUGAACCCUCUUGUAUUUACUGGUGUCAAGGUUGAGGAGGAUCCUCAAGCUUUUGUGGAUGACAUAGAAAAAAUCUUAUGUGUUAUGCAAGCUACUAACGUAAAGGGUGUGGAAUUUGCUGCUUAUCAACUAAAAGAUGUAGCAUACCAAUGGCGUGAGGAAUAUGAGUGGACUAAGGGUGAUUAUGCUGAGUCAGCCCUAUGGGAUAAUUUCUCUAGUGUUUUUUUGGAUCGCUUCUUUUCUCAGGAGUUGAGUAAAACAAAGGCGGAAGAAUUCUAUGGUCAAUUAUAUCGGGGUUACUGUGAUGAAGGGAAGGACAAGUGCUUCAACUGUGGUCAGGUAGGGCAUAUUCUUAGAAAGUAUCUUGUUGGUAAGCUUUCCUCUGGGGCAAACAAGGUUCCUAUUGUCUCCUCUUCAACUCUGGCACUGAAGGGUGAAUUAUCUAGUUUCGACACUAGUUGUAACUAUCUAUAUGCUUUCACUACUCACCACGAGUCUGAGGUAUUUCCUGAUGUUGUGACUAGUAUGUUGAAUUUCUUUUCCUGUGAGGAGGUGGCGCAGUUGUCCUUGGGUGAUGAAGUAAAAGAGAAGCAAGUGUUGGAUCCUAUAUUGAUGAGGAUCAAGAAGGAUAUAGAUGGGUAG